UCUUCAAAUUGUAAUUACUGGCUAAUUCAUGAGCUCCUAUUUCUUUCUCCAGGGUCCUCUAUAAAGAUGUUUUUAAAAGGCUGAUUUCUUUAUACGAGCCAUUGUUUGGAUUGCUUCAAGAGGUCUCUAAGAUUCAACCAAUGCCUUACUUCAAAGAUUUUACCUUUCCUUCUGAUAUUGCUGAAUUUCUAGGACAGCCCUAUUCUGAAGUCUUUAAGGAGAAGAGGCCUACAACUUUUGCAGCUAAAGGAGUAACUAAAUUGCUAAAUAAAUUGUUUUUAACACAUGAGCAAUCACCAGGAUCCAGUGAAGAAACCCUACUUGGAAUUUCCAAAAAAGCUAAACAAAUGAAGAUUAGUAUACACAAUAAUGUGGAUCUUGGACAGCCAGUAAAGAAUAAGAAAGUCUUCAAAGAAAAGUCAUCAGAAUUUGAUUUGAGGGCUUUCUGCAAUCAGCUGAAGCACAAAGUUUCUCAGAAGACCAGCUGUGAUUUUAAAUGUUCUCAAUCCAGACUAAAGAUAACCAGAAAUUCUUCUCAGAAAGUCAUAGGAACUUCUCGUGCCAAAAGUUUGGUGCAGAGAUUCCGAGAGGCUGAGUCCUUCAUACAGCUUUCUGAAGAAAUCCAAAUGGCAAUUGUAUGGUGCAGGAGAAACAAAUUUAAGGCUCAGUCCACCUUUCUGGGUAACAAACUUCUUAAAAGUAACCGGCUUAAGCACGUGGAAGCUCAAGGUCAUAGUUUACCAAAGAAGCUAGAGUGCAUAAAAACAUCUGUGUGCAACUGCCUUCUUCGUGGCUCAGGUAUCAAAACUUCAAAGCAUCAUCUGAGACAAAGAAGAUCACCGAAUACAUUUUUACUGAGACAAAGGAAACCACAGAGAAAGUUGCAGUCAACUCUCUUAAAGGAAAUUCAGCAGUUUCCUCUAGGGACUCAGAAGAAUGCUGCAGAUGCCAGUGCUAAGUGGAGACUUUCACACUGUACAGGUCAUAGAACUGACCUCUACCUUAACAGUGAGCAACCCAGAGUUUCCAGUCCUUUCACACAAACUACGGAGAAACAGAUGCAUGAAAAUCUUACAGAAAGCAGUGAAAAUGAAACUGAUUCAAGGACAGUGAUGCAAACAAACACACACAGAACAUCAGGAACCAUUAAGGAGACAGAUGACAUUGAUGAUAUCUUUGUGUUAAUGAGAGUUUAGAUGUUAAUAUGUGAGACUUCUAGGGGAUUUACUUUUUUAAGUGGAAGUCCUGAGAUCUGGAAGUACUACCUGGACUCAGAGGAGCUAUUUUAGUGCAGCAUCGCACAGGAGUUCAGUUCAGUUCAGUAAACAUUUAUAGGAGGUUUGUGCCAUUUAAUCAACAAGUAUUUUUUUGGCUUCAACUACAUGUGAGACAGUGAGAUGAAAAUCUGCUACAGCCUACCCCUGAGAAGCAGUUAUAAUUCCUUGACUGAUGCUCAUAGGACCCUGAAAAAUGGAAUAAUUUUAUGAUGUACCAGGGAUUUGAUACCUGAAUUAAGUCCCUUAAGGUAAAUAGGGAGUGAGGGUGGGGAAUAGCAAGGAAGCACCUGAAAGCUCACUUUGGCGUUAUUGGCUCCAUCAUAGAUAAAUCCACCUCUGAAUACUAAAGUUUGUAGCUUCUGACAGUUGUAUUGUUUACAUACUAGGAUUGAUCAUCAAGUUUUGCCAUUGAUGAUAUUACCAGGGACCGGUCACAACCAUUGCUUCUCUUCAUUUGUUCACCUUACCUCUUAGGAGGUCAUAUUAAAUGCUUUUGGAGUUUGCUAAAAA